AUGGCAGCCCAUGAACUCAAAGUGAGCACCACACAUCCGUCAGCCAUAGUCCCAAGGAGGCAGUCUGAUGGAGCCGCUGGAUACGACAUACAUGCUGUUGAGCAGGGUGUACUGCUUCCAAACGAAACCAGGCCCGUCAGGACAGGACUUAUAUGGCAUCUUCCGCAAUCAAUAGUGGGGCUGGUGUUUGGAAGGUCUGGCUUAGCACUGAAUAGCUGGAUCGAUGUGCAUAAUGCAUGCAUCCACUCAGGAUGCAUCUCUGAGCUUGUCAUCACGCUGAAAAACAAUGGUAGUGAGUCCUUUGAGUACAAAGCGUCAAGUAGAAUAGCACAGAUAGUGUUUGUGCCGGCUGUUGAAACCGUUGUCAAUGUUGUGGAUUCGAUAUGUGCAACGGAAAGAGGAUGCCUUGGCUUUGGAUCAACAGGAAUGAAAUGA